AUGUUCGUGGAUGCCAGGGUAAAUGGAGGAUACACCAAGGCUUUAGUAGAUACAGGUGCAUCCCAUAAUUUCCUUGCUAAAGAUGAAGCUAAAAAGUUGGGCAUCAAAUACACCAAAAAUCCAGGCCGGUUGAAAGUCAUCAACUCUUUAUCCAAGCCUAUAAUUGGUGUUGCAUAUGGAGUACCUCUUAAGAUAGCAGAAUGGGAAGGCACCAUAGACUUGACAGUGGUGCAUAUGGAUGACUAUCGUAUGGUAUUGGGAAUGGAUUUCCUAGACAACGUACGACCCUGGUCAUUUGAGAAAGAUGAUACCAUGCGUAUCACUAAGGGUUCAAUAAUUCACAUUGUACCCUUGAAGAGAAAUAGGAUUGGAUCCCAAAUCCUAUCAACUAUGCAACUUGACAAAGGUCUCAAGAAGAGUGAGGCAAAGUUUAUGACAGCCUUGAAGGAGGAAAUUGUUCCCUCAAAGAUGGACAUUCCGAAGGAGAAGAAGAACAUAAUGUCACUAGGGUUACAUAAAAACUCGCAUCUUAGACGAAAAGUGGAACAUGUGAUGGAGAAACCGGAUAAGGCGAAUAAGAAGAAAAACACAUUAAUUCGUAAGAGCAAAAAACAACAGGAGGAACACAAUGGUGAGCAUAAGAAAUCAUCCCUGUCAUCAUCAUCAUCAUCGGAUCAACAUCGAUCCCUACACAACGAAGAACAUGAUCAGAGGAAGGAUUUAUCUUCAUCAUGGCUACUGGAUAAAAGAUGUCGAUGUUUUUCACUUGCUGAAAUCAAAUUGGCCACCAAUGAUUUUGAUGAUGCGUUUGUAAUCGGAAAGGGAGGGUUCGGGAAGGUAUACAAAGGUAAGAUUGACUUUGGGGAAGAAGGAAUUGAUGUUGCCAUUAAGAGGUUGAAUCUUGAACAUUCGAGUCAAGGGGCAACCGAGUUCAAGGCAGAGAUUGAGAUGCUUUCCAAGUUUCGCCAUAGUCACAUCGUCUCUCUGUUAGGAUACCAUGAAGGAUCCGAUAAAAGAGAAAUGAUCAUUGUUUAUGAAUACAUGACUAAUAGAAGUCUUGAGGAUCAUUUGCACAAAAGAAAAGUUAACGGAAGUAAUUCCUCUCUUCUGACAUGGAUCCAAAGGCUCCAAAUCUGCAUAGGUGCUGCUCGUGGUUUGGACUACCUUCAUUCGGGUACAGGUGUCAAAUCCAGAGUCAUACACCGUGAUAUCAAGAGCUCAAACAUCUUGUUGGACGAGAAUUUAGCAGCUAAAGUUUCCGACUUCGGGUUGUCUAGGAUUGGUCCAGCAAAUCUGGUGGGGACCACUAAUGUUUAUACUGAUCAGAUCAAAGGCACAUUUGGGUACAUGGAUGCUGAGUAUUUUUCAACUCGUAGACUGACACGAAAAUCUGAUGUGUAUGCAUUUGGUGUGGUGUUAUUGGAAGUGUUAUGUGGUAGGCCUGCUCUGGACUUUACAUUAGAUGAGCAGCAACAUAGUCUAGCUGUAUGGGCUAAAAGCUGCAUCAAAGAAGGUAAGAUUGAUCAAAUCAUUGAUCCAUGUUUAAAGGGACAAACAACAGGUAAUUGUGUGAAGGAAUUUGGGAGGAUUGCAUAUGAAUGUGUUCUCACUCGUUCAAAGGAUCGACCCACAAUGAGUCAGGUGGUAGCUAGGCUUGAGUUUGUGUUAGCAUGGACACUGCAAAGUGGGUCCAGUGCUCGUGAUCGAAAACAAAUUGGAAGAGCCAUGUUUAUUGAAAAGGCAUGGUCAUUGUUCUUGAUUAAAUCUCCAAAAAGUCGUAUGAGUUCUCCUACAAAGAAACUAGGACAAAGUAUUUACAACAAAAAGACAAGUGUUGCAACUGGUUCUCAGAAGGUGUUGCUACCUAAUGCUAACACAAAGAUACCAAUCUUGAAGAUGUUUACAUUUUCUGAGCUACAAAGUGCAACAAGGAAUUUCAAGCAGGAGAUGUUUCUUGGAGAGGGUGGUUAUGGGAAGGUUUACAAAGGGUGGUUGGACAGUGUAACAUUUUCCCCAAGAAAGGCUGGUGAUGGGCUUGCUGUCGCCAUUAAGAGAUCCAGCCCCAACAGGACUCAAGGUCUUAAUGAAUGGCAGGCAGAAGUGAAAUUCUUGGGAACAUUUAGCCACCCAAACAUUGUUAAACUCUUUGGAUAUUGCUGGGAAAACAAGGAAUUUCUUCUUGUUUAUGAAUUUAUGCAAAAAGGAAGUUUAGAUAUGCAACUCUUCAGAGAAGGUGUAGAACCACUUCCAUGGGACACAAGGAUUAAAAUAGCCACAGGAGCAGCUCAAGGCCUUGCUUUCUUGCACACUACAGAAAAUAAUGUCAUUUGUAGGGAUGUGAAGUCCUCAAAUAUUUUACUAGAUGGGGAGUUCAAUGCAAAGCUUUCGGAUUUUGGACUUGCAAAGUCAGGUCCUGUCAAAGGAGAGUCUCAUGUCUCAACAGACAUAGCAGGCACCUAUGGUUACAUGGCUCCUGAGUAUAUUGCCACUGGUCGUUUAUAUGUGAAGAGUGAUGUUUAUGGUUUUGGGGUGGUGAUGCUGGAGAUCAUUACAGGGUUAAGAGCAUCUGAUUAUAAUCAAGAUGGCAUGAAGCAAAACUUGGUGGAAUGGGCUACACCUUUUUUAACUGAUAUAAAGAAAUUGGAGAAAAUUAUGGAUCCACGUUUGGGACAAAACUACCCUUCAGAAGGUGCUAGUAAAGCAGCUGAGCUCAUACUAAGUUGCCUUGAUUCGGACCCUAAAAACCGGCCUUCCAUGGAGGAAGUUGUAUUGGGUUUGCAAGUUAUUGGUUCGGUCAAAAUGGAACCAGGGCGGUCAACGUCUAGCACCAGGGGUUGGAUGAGCCCAUGCAGCGAACAAAGUUGCCCUUGGUCUCCCCUUCGUGGAAAGCAAGGAAGGGCAGUUUGGUCAAUGAGCACUCGGUUGUUAGGUUUAAAUGUGUGCCUUGGACUCGGUUCAAAGGAAGACCGAACUUGGACGGAAACAAACUGUUCCAAAACCAGAAAAUGGGGAAAUUGA